AUGUUGGCCUCUCAUGGCUGCAUCUAUUCAGUGCUGUUUGCACUUCAAUGCCUUCCGGUGGAGUCAAUCUCGGACCGCCAUAUCAGCAGUUCGAAAUGCCUGGAUAUCGUUGCCAUAGCUUAUAGCAAUGGAGCGUUGAGUAUACUGGAGGAUAUCGCUAUACUGAUCUUGCCUUUUCCAGAAGUCUGGUAUCUAAAUAUGGAUCGUCGACAUCGCUUAGCAUUACUUUUGCUGUUCAGUAUUGCUUGUUUGGUUCAGUAUACCGUCACGCUAGAUUCAACAUGGGAUAACGUGGACAUAGUGAUUUGGUCUUUUGUGGAGCAGAUAACCAUGGUUUUCUGCGCUAGCUUACCAACGCUCCGGCAGCUUCUGGGUCCUCUCUUAGCGAACAAAGUUAAAAGUUCGAGCUUGCCUCCAGGUGGCAUAACGGUCACUAAGGAAGUGGUUAUUAAGCAUGAGCCAAAGGCUAUUCAUCAAGACACCAACACAGGUCAGGACAUAUGUUGGUAUUAG